AUGAGGAGCUGGCAAGCCCAGUGGUGGGACUUGCCAGUGGUCAUUUGGUUCUUCCUGCAACCACACCAAUACUACAGGAUACGCAAGUUCAGUUCCUGUGCCCCGUCACAGGCGGCCGGUGGCAAUGCCCGGGGCCAAGGCCAGGGCGAGUCCAGGCCGAGGGGUGCCCGAGAGGCCGCCCAAGCGCAGUUCGAGGCAUUGGCGCAGGCCAUCAAUGAGAAGGACGAGGCGGCAGCAGCGUUGAUCGGCGAGCAGUCGAGGUUGUCGGCCAAUAUGUGGGUACGGCGGACGGGAUGGCCGCGGCAUUUGCAAGGGUUCGAUUGCGAGUGGUUGGCAGCGACGACACGGCGGCCGGACGCCGAGAAGGGGGCGACGAGCGGCGGUAACAGGGCCAACGGAGACAAGCACGGGCACAGGGAUGGGGACCAGGACCGGGAGCAGGACCGAGACCGAGACCGAGACGACGCCGAAGAGGAGGCGAGUCGUGGAGGGAGCGAGGCCGCGUUGGCCAUCGUGUUAUUGGCCAUGGAGCGGGUGGUUUGGCGGGCGCAGAAGGCAUCGCAGGCCAGCGUGGUCGGAUCGGCGGCGGUCAAUUCCAUCGAACGGCGCGAGGCCGGCGGCAAUUCGUACGAGAAGCCGUUCAACGCGGGCCAAAAGGGCGCGACGAUGGUCAAGUACAGUGCGGCGGAGGGGGAGGAGGAGGAGGAGCAGGAGGAGCGGGGCGACGGCGACCAGCGGGCGAACGGCCAGGUAGAGGGUGGCGAGCCGGAGAGGAUCCGCGAUCGACGGCCGGCAUACAAUUUCACCGCCGAGCAAGCCGAGAUGUUCGAUCGGGUUCGUAUAGCCGUAUACGCGGCGAUCGCAGGCGGAGACGGGAGCGAUACCAACCACGAUGACGAAGACGACACGAGCGAGUUGGAGGGCCACCGGGUUGGCCGUGUUGGGCAUCCAGCCGGGCGCGGGUGGCGGAGCGCGUUGGUAUAUACGCCCGUGUUGUCGGCGAUCGUGACGGUGGCGCGCAUGUUGGUGUUGCACAAGGCCAAGCGCGCGCGACACGAGGAGAUCCGGCGCCGACGGCGGUUCGCCGGCGAGAGCAAGGCGAAGGCGCGGGAGCGGGCGCGUAGCCAUUUCGACCGGGUUAGGGAGAUGGUGCAGAGGUUCAUGACGAUCUUCAGCAUCGUGUCGUUGCAGGCCAUGAUCCACGGGUUGUUGCACGCGGCGCGGGCGCAGUUGCGGCGGGCCGUGUUGUUGUUAGACGUGGACGAAGACGGCGAGCCGGUAACGACAGCCAGGCAAGGAGCAGGUGAACCGGCAGGGGCGAUGGCGUGGCCGGCGAUCCAGUGGGACAAGUUGGUCGAUAACGCGGCCGAGACGAAGGCCGGGUGGAGUUUCGCCGAGGACCCGCGGAACCGGGAGGCAUUCGGGGGCGUCGAUGGGAAGCGGUGGUUGGCCGACCGGGUUGUAGGCGAGGCGCGGUUGUUCCGCCAGUUUUUUGAGACCGAGGCGGCGACGAUAGGCGGGCGAGAGGACGGCAGUGGCAUCCGGUGGCGGAUGGAGCGCGUGCGCGAGUAUGCCGAGGCGAUGGAGGCGUUCCGGGCGCAGUUGUUGGUGUUGAUGCACAUGACCGGCGGGCAGCCGGCGCGCGGGACCGAGUUGGUGACGGUGAAGUACAAGUUUAUACCAUUUUCUUGACUCCAUUUCCCAACCGUGGUGUAAGUUUAACAUUGUCUUAUAACCAUUUCCCACCAACGCGUCGCGAACAUCUCAACCAAACGCAUUUGCGCUUUUGCGGUCCUGUCCAGCGGUGGCUGAGUCGCAUAGGCAUGUGAGGGAUAGGGGCAAAUCCAUUUUCCC